CAGACACCAAUCAGCCGUCAGUCUUCAUCGAGUGGUGGCCUGACUCGGAUGUGGGUUCCAGUGCUCUUGUAACAAUCAGUAAAAAAACGAAAACACAAAGAGAGACACGUGUGAGAUGUUGUACAUCCUUCGUCAGCGUUGCCACUGAGUGAAAAACGGAACCAGAAGGGGUUUUUGUGCUGCCUGUUUGUGUUUUUCUUAGUGAAAUACAAUGGUCCUGCGGUUCACCGUGAUCCUCUUAUGUGGAUUUGUGGCCGGCAUGUCGUCGUCUCCGUCUUCGAAUUCUGGCGAAAAUUUCGACAAGUUUACCCGCGGGCCCGAGUUUGCGGCCCGGAGUCGGAUCCUGCGGAACGUCGUUGAUAAGUCGAGGAUGGUGAACGGUUCGGCGGCGACGACGACGCGGGUGUUGAACAGAAAUUCCAUCAAUACGGUGUUUGAAGAGAGGACAAGACCCAACAGUGACAGUGGUGGUGUUGGGAUAGGAAGUAGACAGAGGAGACAACGGGAAGUUUCGAUUCUGGGACUGUUUGAGCUGAGUACGAGACAUGGGAUGAGGGCCGAGGGGCAAAGUGAGCUGGCAGCGGCUCAACUUGCUGUGCAACAUAUUAACAGGAGAGGACUGCUGCUGGGAUACACGUUGAAGCUGCUUACGAAUGAUACCAAGUGCGACCCCGGCGUUGGCAUCGACCGUUUCUUCCACGCCCUGUACACCCACCAGGACAAGCGGAUAAUCAUGGUCCUGGGCUCAGCCUGCUCCGAAGUAACCGAAAGUGUGGCCAAAGUCGUCCCGUACUGGAACAUCGUUCAGGUCUCGUUCGGCUCAACGUCGCCCGCCCUCAGCGAUCGGCGCGAGUUCCCACUGUUCUACCGCACCGUCGCCCCGGACUCGUCCCACAAUCCGGCGCGAAUUGCCUUCAUCAAACACUUUGGCUGGGACACGGUGGCCACGUUUGCCGAGAACGAGGAAGGUCACUCGUUGGCCGUCAACGACCUGGUGACGGAGCUCGAGCGGGCCAACAUCACCUGCGCCGCGACCAUUUCCUUCGCCGAGACCGACUUCAAGGAACAGCUCAAACUGCUGCGGGACAAGGACAUCCGAGUAAUCGUUGGAAGCUUUUCACACGAAAUUGCGCCAAAAGUGUUUUGUGAGGCCUACUUCUUGGGAAUGUUUGGCGCGGACUACGCGUGGAUCCUGCAGGACACGCACAUUUCGUCCUGGUGGUUGGCGCCGACCAGUGCCUGUCCGUCGGCCAUUUUGCUGAAGGCCCUCGACAACGUGCUGCUCGUGUCCAGCUACAACAGCAUCGUGGGCAUGGGAACCGCCCUCAGUGGACUGACCGACGAAAUGUUUCACCGCAAGCUGACGGAGAUGAACGUGACCGGAGCGGUGUCCCGUUUCGCCCCGCAGACGUACGACGCCGUUUGGGCUAUGGCGCUAGCUUUGCGGGGUGCGGAGCGAACCUGGACCCAGGUGGCCCACCAAAACCGGACCCGUCUGUCCCACUACGACUACACGCGCUUCGACAUGGCCAAGGAGUUACUGCGGCAGUUUGACAGCCUCAGGUUCAACGGGAUCUCCGGACCGGUUUCGUUCGACGGAGCCGAUCGCGUCGGCACGACCUCGUUUCACCAGAUUCAGAGUGGCGUGCUGCGGCAGAUUGCGUUCUACUACCCGAAGAAUGCCUCGUUGGACUUUGGCUGUCCCAAGUGUGGCGCGAUCCGGUGGGAGUCCGGUCAGGUGCCGAUCGCGAAGCGAAUUCUGCGACUGCGCGUGGACACGAUCUCGCCGAUGGCGUUCUACACCGUGGUGAUCUUGUCAUUCGUGGGCAUUGGAAUUUCGGUGCUGUUUCUGGCGAUGAAUCUUCAUUUUCGGAAGUUGAAGGCCAUGAAGCUGUCCAGCCCGAAGCUGAGUACGAUCACCGUCUGCGGGUGCAUCCUGGUGUACAUGGCUACGAUCCUGCUAGGGUUGGACGACUCAACGCUACCGUCGUGGCCGUCGGUGACCUUCUCGACGAUCUGCAUGGCCCGGAUCUACUUCCUAUCGGCUGGGUUCUCGCUUGCGUUUGGAUCAAUGUUCGCCAAGACCUUCCGGGUGUACCGACUGUUUACGCACAGUGCAGGAGGAUUGUGCAAGGACAAGAUCCUUCGGGAUACCCAACUGAUAUCGGUAAUUGGAGCGUUGCUUCUGUUGGACGCUUGUGUCGUGUCGUUCUGGAUGGCUGCCGAUCCCAUGGAGAGACAUCUGCAUAACCUUACGCUGGAGAUUAGUGCGUCCGAUCGCGGUGUUGUCUACCUGCCUCAGGUUGAGUUGUGUCGAUCGCGGCACUACGAAAGUUGGCUUGGAACGUUGUACGCCUACAAGGGACUGCUGCUGAUCGUGGGGGUGUACAUGGCAUGGCAAACGCGCAACGUUAAGAUCCCUGCGCUAAACGAUUCCCAAUACAUUGGCGUAUCGGUCUACAGUGUGGUGAUCACCAGUGCUAGUGUCGUCGUGUUGGCGAAUUUACUGUACGAGAAGGUCACGCUGGCGUUCGCGAUCACCGCAGGUUUCAUUCUGAUAUCUACGACGGCUACGCUGUGUUUGCUUUUCCUUCCAAAGCUGAAAGACAUUUUUGACAAGGGAAGCUACGACCCGGUGAUUCACAGCAUGGGACUGAAGAUGGAGUGCAAUACGCGUCGGUUUGUGGUGGACGAUCGUCGUGAGCUGCAGUUCCGCGUGGAGGUUCAGAACCGUGUCUACCGAAAGGAAAUCGAAAUGCUGGACGCCGAGAUCGUACGGCUGGAGAGACUGCUCACCGAUCGUCCGUCGUCGUCGUCACGAUCAUCUGAUCCCAACGUCAAGCCUCUGGUAGACUCGUUGGAAACCUUCAACGGAACUCCCCUAAUGAACCCAAGUGCCCCAACUGGUCUACCAAUGCUGCUUCUGUCCGUCCUGCCACCGAUCAUUCCACGCGCAAGCUGGCCCACCGUUGACCCGAUGCUGUCCCCCAUGAAGCGUAAUGUCACCUUCAGCUCACAACCGAGGAUCGCGUUCGGUCGCGAUCGCAACUGUCUGUCCGAGCUGCGACUAUCAAACACGGAAGAAGGUGGUGGUGUACUAAGCCGCAUCAAGAAUCUGUUCGGAUCGCGAGUGCACAAAACCUCCUCGAUCUCGGCCCUCGGAGGUCCCAACAUGGCCGUACGUCCCUCAACGUUGACGAUCUUCGCCGAGGUGGACGCCGAAGAUGACGUGUCCGGCGCCGGGGAGGUCUUCACGAUUAAGCAACCCUCCAACGAGAACCUGCGGCUUACGGGAUCGGAACCCAGGGUCAACUUUGUCCUGCCCACGAUCGAGCAUCGGCGUCCGUCAAUCGUGCACCAGCACUCACAACCGACUCUGCGUGAAAGGAUCCGAGGGUCGCCGCGGUUUCCACACCGGGUGUGUCCCACGGCUAGCAGCAUGACGGAACUGAUGAUGACCGGUGGCGAUCAGCAAACGCUGCCUCGGAUGAGCUUCCUGACGGUGAAGAGUUGUGAGGUUUUGCAGGGCUCGAAUCAACCGACCACGAUCAAGUGGCAGUCGAUGGACUCGUUCGCGAACGGGGUGGGAAAGUGUUGAGCGAUCACGGUAGAAAUUCAGGCCAAUUUAGGGUAAAACAACCAUACUAUAGGAGGUUUCACGGUAGACCAAGUGCAAAACAAAGCAGAAAUACAUCAAACAUGACCAGAGGUGAGGGUACUAUUGGGGUUAACAUUAGAUGAUAGAUCACUAUACUGCGUGCUGUGUUCGGUAGAGCAAUAAAGUCAAAGCAAUAGGUAAUUGUGAGAAAAA